AUGGCGGCCACCUCCGAGGAGGCCAUCAAGCAGUUUUCUGCCUUCAUGGAGCAGCUGGAGGAGCCGCUCAAGACCACAUUCCAGAAUGUGCAUCAAGGAAAUCUGAGAGGGACUUUGGUGCGUUUUCUGAAGGCUAGAGAAUGGAGUGUCCCUAAAGCUCAUAAAAUGUUAAUGGAUUGCUUAAACUGGAGAGUACAGAAUGAGAUUGACAGCGUGUUAGCUAAACCCAUUCUGCCAUCUGAUUUAUAUAGAGCCAUUCGGGACACGCUACUUGUUGGAUUGACAGGGUACUCCAAGCAGGGACAACCUGUUUAUGCAUUUGGUGUGGGUCUUAGUACUUUUGACAAGGCCUCGGUGAACUAUUAUGUGCAGUCACACAUACAGAUGAAUGAAUAUCGAGAUCGUGUUGUCCUGCCGGCUGCAUCAAAGAAGUUCGGGAGACAGAUUAAUACCUGCUUGAAGGUUAUGGAUAUGACUGGCCUGAAGCUGUCUGCACUGAGCCAAAUAAAGAUGUUGACCAUGAUUACAACUGUUGAUGACCUUAAUUAUCCUGAGAAAACGGAGACUUAUUACAUUGUGAAUGCUCCAUAUGUUUUUUCGGCAUGUUGGAAGGUUGUGAAGCCACUUUUACAAGAAAGAACUAAAAAGAAGAUCCAAGUCCUGUAUGGCUCUGGGAGGGACGAGUUACUGAAGGUUAUGGACUACGAGUCACUUCCGCACUUUUGCAAAAGAGAGGGAUCAGGCUCAUCCAGGGACUCUUUAGAUGGAGUAGAUUGCUACUCGUACGAUCACCCUUUUCACCAGCAGCUGUACAACUACAUGAAGCAGCAAUCUCUGAAUCAGGACUCUGUUGGUCCCAGAAAACAAGGCUCAGUCCAUGUGGAUGUGCCUUCACCUGGCCUUGAGGAGGUCAAGAUUGCGGAGACAAUCAAAGCAGAGAUCCAGAAUUUGAGGGGAAGCAAUGGUCUCACUCAUUCAUUCAACAGCAUACAGAUCGAAGGUCCAUGA